AUAAUCUGCCCCCAAAUAACCCCCCGAGUAUCACAAUAAUGAAUUUAUGUGUUUAUUAUUUGAAUAUAGAUGAUUUAACGGCAAAGCAGACGCGCGCACGAUCUGUGACGUCAUGGUUUCCUUAGCAACCAUGGCUGAAACAACAGAGGAAGGUGAAAUCAACAGGGAUGAAAAACAACUUGUUGGACUUGUUGAGGACUUGAAACGCUCAAAUGCAGUGCUACAAGCUGAGAUCGAUAUGUUUGAGCGAUAUAUUACUGGGCUGGACCUGCAGCCUCAAUCGGAGAAUUAUGAAACAGCAUCACAGAUGGAAACAGCAACGAGUCCAGGAAGGAAAACUAAAGCAAAACAACAGCUCCUGACACUGGAACAGAAAUGUGAUGUCGCCAAAAGCAUGCAUAAACAGAUGACCGAGGAUCUGAAGAGAGCAAAAGACCUUUCAGAAAGAGAGCUGGACAAUUACAAGGCAACUCUGGAAGAAGCUGAUAUCCACUUGGCGGAGGUUAAAAAAGAAUGUUGCCAGUUUGAUCGUGACAUUGGUAAAGCACUGCGGGAUAAAAAGAGUGUGACGAUGAGUGCUGAGAAGGUCAUCAGAUACAUUGAGGACAAAGUAAAGGCCAAGGAGAGCCUGAUUGAGAAGUUGCAUCAGAAGAAUGCCGCACUCCUUGCAUACAAGAAAAAACUACAAAUCCAGUUGAAACAACAAGAGGAGAUGGGUGAAGGCCUGACAGCUUUGGACUUUGAGCAGCUGAAGUUUGGGAACAUGAAAUGUAGGAAGCUUCUGGAUGAGCAAAACCUCAGACGUGUGGAACUCAAAUUACUCACAGGGAAGACCCUGCAUGUCUUGAAUUCUAAUAAGGAGAAGCUUCAGACCUUGACACAUGAGUCAGAUGUGCUGAGCAGUGACACAGCUUUACGGGCGAAAUUACUGAUGAAGUUUGAGGAGGAGACCAAGCAAGCAGAGGAGGAAAGAAACAAAGCAGAGGUUCUGAACAGGAAGUUGAGGGUCCAGUUGGCCGAUUUUCACGUACCACAUGUACUACAAUACAUCAAAGUUAAGGAGUCUCAUGUUCAGCUAAAGAAGAGCGUUAAAGAAUGGGAACGCAAGGUGGAGAUUGCAGAGAUGGCACUAAAAACAUACUCAAAAUCCUGGGACAAACUUCAGAUCACUGCUGGAGCCAGAACAGUUCCUACACGACAUGCAGCCGUAUAUGCUGGAUUGUAUGGAUUCUAAAACAACAAAAACUAAACACGUCCUAAAUAAUCUCAAUACCCAAAAUGAUGUCAAAGAUGACCAUAUAUUUUAAAACAAAUGCAUCAAUAUGCAGAAAAAUAAAAUGAACAUAAAAAUGA